GAGAAGCAUUGCGUAGACCACCUCUCAGUCCAGUCCGUUUUUAUAUUCGGUUUAUUUACUUGAUUCUGCCGUUUUUACACAUUCUAACAUGCGUUCGUAACUAUGUUGACAUCUCGGUCCAAAGGUGGCUCAGGCGAAGCGGCUGUCAGUGAUGCCUCCUCGUCGGGUUACGUGAGACAACGCGAGCAAACGGAUCCCAAAGUUUCCCUGUUGUACAGUAGAUGAGCGUGUCCGUGUUGAGUGUGGACUUUAGAAGUCGCUUGUCAGAGCGAGGACAGCUCAUUAUAUCGGGACGUUGCAGUCGGUGUAGUCUGCUGCCUCGGUGUCUUGAGCUUACUCUUGUUUUUGGGAUUGUUUUGUCGUUUGCGUUGAGUCAGACGCUGGCCGAGGAGUUCUCGUCGUGUCCGUGGACAGGUUUAGUGGACGUACGUUGUGUCCAAGGAAACGGGAGAGCUGGCGAAACUGUUGCUGUUGAGGUGAUUCCUGAACUGUUCAGAGUUCAUCUUUCCUCCGCGGAUCCCUCUCUUCAUGUGCCUGGAGCAGCUGACGGACUUAGUAAAAUUACUAAGCAAUAGAACUCCUGCCUUGGUUUCCUCCAUCGUCUCUGAUGGAUCUCAGGCUUGCUUCAUUGACGCUCGGUACACUACUGAUUCUCGUGACCUCGGGGCCACGACCAUCCAUUGGGCAGAAGGUUUACACCAACACAUGGGCCGUCCACAUCACAGGGGGAGAGCAAGAAGCUAACCGGAUUGCCAAGAAGCAUGGCUUUAUAAACCAUGGGAAUGUAUUUGGAGAUUACUAUCACUUCCGGCACCGUGCGGUGGUGAAGAGGUCUUUAUCAGAGCACAGAGAAACACAUGUUCGUCUGCACACAGAACCCCAGGUGAUGUGGGCAGAACAGCAGGUGGUGAAACAAAGGAAGAAGAGGGAUAUUUACGAGUCAGCCGAUCCAAAGUUUGCACAGCAGUGGUAUUUGUACAAUGAAGAUCAUCGUGACCUCAAUGUGAAAGAAGCAUGGAAGCAGGGCGUGACUGGACAAGAUGUCGUUGUGUCCAUAUUGGAUGAUGGGAUUGAAAAAAACCACCCAGACCUAGUUCAGAACUAUGAUCCAGACGCUAGUUAUGACGUUAACGAUGGUGAUCCAGACCCUCAACCUCGAUAUACCCAACUCAAUGAUAACAGACAUGGUACACGAUGUGCUGGAGAGGUAGCUGCUGUUGCCAACAAUGGCAUCUGUGGUGUCGGGGUCGCCUACAAUGCCAAGAUCGGAGGUGUGCGCAUGUUGGACGGAGAAGUCACUGAUGUGGUGGAGGCUCAGUCUCUCAGUCUCAACCCACAGCACAUCGAUAUCUACAGCGCCAGCUGGGGACCUGAAGAUGACGGCAAAACUGUGGAUGGACCCGCAAAGUUAGCCAAAGAGGCUUUCCUACGCGGCGUGACAGAGGGCCGUGGAGGACGGGGCUCCAUCUUCGUGUGGGCUUCGGGUAACGGUGGUCGUGAGAAGGACAGCUGUAACUGCGACGGCUACACCAACAGCAUCUACACGCUGUCGAUCAGCAGCAGUACGCAAAACGGCAACGUGCCCUGGUACAGCGAGGCCUGUUCCUCGACCCUCGCUACGACCUACAGCAGUGGAGGCCUCAAUGAGAAACAGAUUAUCACUACAGACCUCAGGCAGAAGUGCACCGACUCCCACACAGGCACCUCUGCCUCAGCUCCUCUGGCAGCAGGAAUUAUCGCCCUGGCCCUGGAGGCAAAUAAAAACCUAACCUGGAGAGACAUGCAGCAUCUGGUCGUGAGGACGUCCAACCCUGCUCACCUCACCACCAAUGACUGGAAGACAAAUGGAGUGGGUCGCCAAGUAAGCCAUUCAUAUGGAUAUGGUCUGUUGGACGCUGGGGCCAUAGUGGCUCUGGCAAAGAACUGGACAAAUGUUGGACCUCAACAGAAGUGUGUCCUCUCCCUGGUGUCUGAACCCAGGAAUAUAGGGAGUCAUUUGGUGAUUACUAAGACUGUGGAUGCAUGUGCUGGGACGCCUAACUUUGUGAGCUCAUUAGAGCAUGCCCAAGCCCAGCUCACCUUGUCCUACAACCGCAGAGGGAACCUGGCCAUCUACCUGAUCAGCCCACAGGGCACCCGUUCCACAUUGCUUGCACCCAGACCUCACGAUUACUCCUCUGAGGGCUUCAAUGACUGGGCAUUCAUGACCACCCACUCCUGGGAUGAGGACCCUCAUGGAGAAUGGACCCUAGUGAUCGAAAAUGUGGCUGGAACCAGCGACUAUGGCACACUGACUCAGUUUACGCUGGUUCUCUACGGCACAGCCUCCAGUUUAUCUGGACCUUCCACCCCAGACUCCAGCCAGACCGCUGACAGUAGCUGCAAAACCUACGACCUCAAUGUGAUCUGUACUGAGUGCAAUCCAGAGUUCUACUUGUACCAGAAGGGCUGCGUGCGAAACUGUCCAGCCGGUUUCACCCCAGGCACCCGUUCCACCUUCCCUCCCAACAACGAGGUGGCGUCCGUCCUGCACCCCGCCUGCCUGCCCUGCCACACCUUCUGCCUCACCUGCAGUGCUACGGGACCUCAGGACUGCCUCUCCUGCCCCCCUCACAGCCACCUGGACACCGUCACCGGCACCUGUCUGCACCAGAACCAGAUCCAGCGAGAGUCUCCAGACGGCGGACUGUUUCAGUUGCACGGUGAUGGCUCGUCCAGGAACCUUAACCUAGACUUCUCUCGCCUGCCUGUUACCGUGGCAGUACUUAGCUGUGCCUUCAUCGUGGCUACAUUUGUGGGUGUGUUCAGCUUGCUGCAGCUGCUUGCCCGCAACCAGAACAAACUUCACUCUGCGGAGGCUGGACCAGGCUCCGGCUUACUAUUGGGCUUUGGCUUAAACCGCACCGCAGUCGCCUACAAGGGCAUCCCCAGCGUUUGGCAGGAGGACGAGGCCAACUCUGAGUCAGAGAAUGAGGAGUUUGAUAUUCAUAAUGAGAGGACUGCCUUCAUUAAAACACAAAGUGCUCUUUAACCCCUUCUCGUCCACGUCCUCCCCUCUCUAGUCUCUACUGCACUGUUGUCUCUUCAUAUCCACUGGUGUGUUUGCCUCCGGGGUUCAUCUGAACAUAUCUCACUUUCUCUGUUCUCCCGUUUCUCUCUUGGGGUUUUUUUGUUUGUUUAUCCAGCUCUGUUAGUUAUGAGCCAUGAUUCACCUGGGUGGUAGACCUCUUGGUGCCUCUAUGUGGAAAGUCGAUUGUCACAGUUUAUCAGCAGGGCUGUUCUAAAACUACAAUAAAUGGCUGAUUAUUGUUUGGCCUCUUCCUCUUUCGUGAUAGUAACGCCUCCUAAUGGCUAGUGAGGUUUGAAGAAAAAAGGGGUGAAAAUGAGAAUGAGAAAAACAGAGCUUUUCUGUGAGUGAGUGAAACUACAUUUACAUGAAGUCAAUCCUUGUGGCAGUGAUUUAACACAGGUCUGAUCCACUCGCUUUGCAGGGAGCCUUUUAGAAGAACAUAUCACUAUUUCUGCAUGUUUAGAAUCUGGAAAGGAGGCCACAUACACUCAUUUGUAGAGCUCACUUCUCCCCAAGAGCACCUACGUUACUGAAUUCAAGCCAAAAUGAAAAUUAUUUACUUACCCUCAUAUCAUUCUAAACCCUUAUGAUUUUCUUUCAUCAAUAGAACACAAAAAAUGAUAUAUUGCAGAAUGUCCAGAGUGCUCUUUUUAAUAAUGGGUAGUGCAGCUGUCUAGCUCCAAAAGUGAUUUUAAAAAAAGACACCAUAAACGUAUCAAAGUGAUCCAUACAACUCAUGCACUUCGUGCCAAGUCUUCCUAAGCCAUACACUGGCUUUGUGAGAGGAAGAGAAUGAAAUUGAAAUGGUUGUGCACUCUUCUCCUCAGAUGAAGCUCUGAAAUCUCAUUCAAUGCCAAUGUGGCAUAUAAAGACAUGUUUGUCAUUAGUGAAGUUGCAAAAACCAAUGCCGUUUGACAGCAUGAUGUCAAACUUGUCAUAUCUGAACAGAACACAAGAACGAAUGAGAUUUGAGAUUUUGAGCAAAGAACAAUUUCAGUACAUUCUGCAAAGCUAUCAUACGGCUUUGGCACACAGGUCGUAUAGACUGCUUUUUGGUACUUUUAUGGUAUGUUUAGAGUUGCCUUAUACAUAUUUAAAGGAUAGAAAAGAGCAAGCAUGACAUGAUGGCAAAAUUAAAAUUUUUAAUUUUAAAGUCCCUUUAAAAUGGCAGGAACCUUGAGAUGACACUGAUCUCUUCCAGCCUCUCUGAGCAAGCUCUGCAUUCUCUUUUAUUAUUCUGUUCUCCAAUCAUGGAUUUAAAACACUACAUUUACAUUUUACAUUUAGUCAUUUAGCAGACGCUUUUAUCCAAAGCGACUUAGAAAAUGAGGAAGGAUACAACAAGAGCGAUUCAUCAUCAAGGAAACGGUAACACGAUAAGUGCUGCAAUACAAACUUUCAGUUUUAUCAGAAAAGUACUAGCCAAGACGGAGAUAAGAGUGCAAACCUUUUUUCUUUUUUUUUCUUUUUUUUUUUUUUUAAGUGCUCAUGGAAAAGUUGUCUUUUUAGCCAUUUUUUGAAAACAGAGAGGGAGUUUGCUGGUGUUGGGAAGGUCGUUCCAUCAUCACUAGAUGAGAUCCCUGCCUAAGUCCCAUCAUAAAAAGGACUACCUUUUUCAUCUUUGUGGGGAUUAUCCAUUUAUUAAAUUUAGAGAUUUUGGAGGUUUUCUUCUGCCCAGUAUGAAUGACUUUUAUAAAGUAUUACUACUGUUUAUUAGUAGUAGUAUGCUUGGCCCUGUCAGCUCAUGAGUGAUUUUUCUAUUCUGAAUCCCAUAUUCAUGAUCUACAUGUGGCUCUCAUGCAGUAUCUUUAAUAAGUGACAGAAAUGAAAAGAUGUGAUUCACUGAAUGUGUGCAAUAGAGACCCAAAGUAGGUGUGUAUAGGUUUGUGUGUGAAUACAUUCCCUUAGGGUUGGUCACAUGAUGUUCUCAGCUUAUAUGUGAAGUAUGGCUUCCUUUUUCAUAUCAUGACAAUAAUUUGCAUUAGUGUGGUCAGCCUUUUUUUUUUUUUUUUUUUUUUUUUUUUGCAAACAAUCUUCCAAUAGCUGCACAAAACGAGAGACAAAACCAUGUCCAGUCGUAAGAUGCCACAAACUACUACAAUUUGCAGCCUUGUAAAAAAAAUUAGCAGACUGUAAUUCAUGUAGGGCAACCAACACUUUUAUUAUGUAGUUGACACAUAAGCACAGCUCUUUUUACUGAAUUUCAAAAUGCAUCCUUUAUUGACAACUCCUUUCUGUGCAAAGGCUAUAAACCAGCAGAACAUCUCUAUUUACGUCAUCCUGGAGUUUUACGGCCGUUAAAUAUCUUGAGACAUUACAAGAAUAUUUUGUGGUCCAGUACUGCCUUGUUCCUAAAUCAUAGUUAAAUGCAGUUUUGUUUUUUAGGGUUCAAAAUAUGUUAGCUCUUCUCAACAAAGUUUUCCAUCCCUCCCUUUCUUCUAGAGGUUAUCUAGAGACAAAAACAAAUCUGCAAACUACUAUUUAGCUGAACAAUUCUUACAAAAAAUAAUUGGCAAAAAGUUUAAAGUUGCACCACUUUGUGAAUUCAUUGAAAUCAUUGAACUGAAUUGAAAUGAAAGAUGUGGCACAAUUUAUCUGAAUUCAUGAUGUAAAUAUAGAUAUUUAACAUGCCUGAAAUUUAUUUGAAUCUGAUCUGAAAGUGAUAUUCACAUGUCUUGGAAUCUCACUUUCCUCUUCUUUUUUUUUUUUUUUGGUUCUCUUUCACUGUUUGCAGUUUUAGCUAAACGUAAUCUUGAUCCCAUUGAGCUAUUUUACGCCCCUGCAGUGCUGAUGUGGUAUUACAGCUGUAUUUUUGAGAGCUUCAACAUUUGCAAUGGCAUGACCCAAGACCACAUGACAGACAUCUGCUUGCCCUUGAGUGGUAACAUAAUCAGUAAAACACUCACUGAGUAAAUUAGUUGAUGAUGUGUUGGUUUCCCACCCCCCUCGUUUUUAUUUUGAGCUGUAUUGUAAUUUUAAAUUGGGUUGCUGUGUAGGUUGGCCAUUUUUUUUCUUGAUGAAUCUCUCAUUUAUAGUAAGAGUGAUUGUGGUCAAAUUGCUGGUGUGAUGGCAACAGUUUUACGCAGUAUGGUUUCACCUUGAUGGUGCAAUAUUUCCAUUGUACUUUGUGGGAUUGAAUGUCCUUUUGGUCAUAGGAUUUUAUCACCUUUAUUUGAUGAGUCAACUGAUGCAUGUAGAUCCCCAAGUAAAAGACACCAAUCAUUUUUAUGACUACCUGAGAUGGGACAACUAUAUAAAAUAAGGCCUAUUUUUGUACUAUAUAUAGUGCAUUGUCAUUUUCAUGUAAUUUAAAGAUUAUUUUGCUUUGUUUUUGUGUUCUUUUUAUUUAAUUGAUGUCAAUAUGCAAAUUAUAGAUUAUUCAAAAAAUAAAGAUCUAUGCAAACUUCAA